CACAUUUUCGACAUUUUUAUCAAAACUUCAUAAACGCAGGAUACUGUGUAUACAUAAACUCACACAUGUUGUGACACGACAAUUGUUUAAUGGAUUUGUUUUGCGGAAAAGCAGAACCAAUGAAGAGGAUAGCCUGACUUCCUCAACACCUCUGACAACAUGUCAAAACGGCCAUCCUAUGCCCCUCCCCCUGCCCCAGCCCCUACCACACAAUUGCCCACCACCCCAGGCUUUGUGGGGUACAACCCAUACAGCCAUCUGGCCUACAACAACUACAGGCUGGGAGGGAACUCCGGCGGAAACAACAGGGUAAUGAAUUCCUCAGGGAUCACCGUUCCCAAGCCUCCCAAACCGCCAGACAAGCCCCUGAUGCCAUACAUGCGGUACAGCCGGAAGGUAAGCAGGAAGGUGUGGGACCAGGUGAAGGCUUCUAAUCCUGAUCUGAAGCUAUGGGAGAUUGGGAAGAUCAUUGGUGGUAUGUGGAGAGACCUUUCUGAUGAGGAGAAGCAGGACUACUUGAACGAGUACGAAGCAGAAAAGAUUGAGUACAAUGACUCCUUGAAGGCCUACCACAACUCCCCCGCGUACUUGGCCUACGUCAAUGCCAAGAACCGGGCUGAGGCGGCGCUGGAAGAGGAGAACCGACAGAGGCAGUCUCGCCUGGACAAAGGGGAGCCCUACAUGAGCAUCCAGCCCGCAGAGGACCCCGAUGACUACGACGAUGGUUUCUCCAUGAAGCACACAGCUGCAGCCCGUUUCCAGAGAAAUCACCGCCUCAUCAGUGACAUCCUCAGCGAAAUUGUCGUGCCAGACGUCCGCUCGGUUGUCACAACGGCUCGUAUGCAGGUCCUCAAGCGCCAGGUCCAGUCCCUCAUGGUGCACCAGAGGAAGCUGGAAGCCGAGCUGCUGCAAAUCGAGGACCGACACCAGGACAAAAAGAGAAGGUUCCUGGAGACCACUGAGUCUUUCAACACUGAACUCAAACGGCUGUGCGGUCUGAAGGUGGAGGUGGACAUGGAGAAGCUGGCGGCGGAGAUGGCGGCGGCCGAGGAGACUGCGCGUCGUCGGGCAGAGGAGCGGGAGAAGGAGGCUGCCGAGCAGGCAGAGAAAGCCGCGGCGGCGGCCGCUGCAGCCGCCGCCCAGCAGCAGGAGCAGCAGCAACAACAGCAGCAGGCUGCGGCCGCCUCCACAGCCUCCACGGCCUCCACUCCACAAGCCAACUCUACCCCUGAGCAGAGCCCUGGGAGCAAGGAGGCCGAGGACAAGCCAACACCCAUGGAGACAGAUGAGGCCCCCAGCGAGGCUGCGGAGAGUCAGCCGGCCGAGGUGGCCGAGGAGAAGGCGUCCCCUGCCGCUGCCCCGGAGACCCCCACCGCCCCUGAGCCGCCGGCGGGGGAGGGGGCCACACUUGAGGGGACCAACGACAGCAACGCCUCGUCUGAGAGCAGCAACAGCAGCAGCAGCGCCAGUGGUGGAGGCAGCACCUCAACCCCCACCACCACUAUCACCACCACCACUAACAACAACAACAACAACAACAACAAUGACAACACCACCACCACCCCCAACACCCCCCCUACUGGACCAGGAGAAGCCAUCCCUCCACCUGAGCCUCCAGCACCCGAGGAACGGCCGCCCCCACCCCUCCAAUAACCUACAGACACACCCCUCCAAUAACCCCCCCCACACACACACACACACACCCAUCCCUCCAAUAACCCACUCACACCCUUCCCUCCCUUUUCACAGCCAGCACCUCCUAACAUCAGACCCCCCAAACUCUUUAACAAAUGCCUUCUUUCAGUUGUCUCUUAACUUAAAGGUGCUCCUUCCUGCUUAAGUCUAGUGUGUACACACACUGGUUUUAUUUAACUUGAUUAACAGGGACUAGUUAACGAAUAUCCAGCCAGAGCGAAAGUGUACUGAAUAUAUGUCAAAUGAAAUUCCAUUUUAUUCUGUUCACGACAUUCUUUAGCUUUAUCAGACCUAGUCUCAACUAUUUAACAGGUGGUGGUGCUGUCUUUAAUUACCUAUGGACACACCAGCCUUCUUAUGUAUGUAUGGGCUGUGCUGUGCUCCGCUCUCUACAGAAACAAGGCCCCUAACUGUUACAGGAAAUGACAAAUUUAGAGGUUAGGACCUGUGCCAACUGUCCAGGAAGUGACAUCAGUGUACCUGCUGGUCUUGUGCUCUACAUGACCCCUGUUCAGAAGGAGGGAGGGAUGUUAUCAGAUGCUGGGCUUUUGCCAGGUGUUAUCUACGCCUUUGUGGCAUAGUCUGUUGUUGCCCCUCCCCCCCCCCCUUCUUUAUUUGUUUUUGACAUGCUAUAUUUUGUUUUGUUGCCUCCUUUUUUUUAUAUAUGAUGAAUUAGUGAAAUGAUAGUGUGUGUGUGGACUAGUUACCAACUAUUUUACCAAAAAGCCCCAGCAAAUGAACUGAGUAUUUGACUUUUUUACCAUCUGAUAUAUCUACUGUAAGUAAAGGUUGAUGGGAGAUCUUUCAUAUCCUUUCACUCACUAUAUAUUUCAGACUUCAAAUGAAUUCCUUUUAGAUUUAUUUGAAUUGGAACUUUUAGCAAGCCUUUGUCACCCCUUUAGUUUUUGUACUGUUAAACUAUAUUACUCCAAUAAAGUAAUUUCUAUUGUGA